AUGUUGACAGCUAAACAUGGAGUCAAAGCAAAGCUGCCUUACCUAUUGGACGGUGGAAGUGAUAUGUCUCAAAAGAUUCUACAAGUGCUUGGUAAAGAUGAUUACAACGAGCGCAAAGCUGCCGAGUUGUGUGCUGCUUCUUCUGCUGCUGCUGCUGCUGCUUCUGCUCCCGCACCUGCUCCACUGGAUCCAGCAUCACCAGGGGGCGAGAUUGUCAUCAGGGACAGUCCUAUUCACUGCUUGGCUCCAGCACCUACCUGGGCACCACAACGAGCGGUGCUAACUACCCUCUCAAACAGCAUCAGGCAGAAGCAGGCGAAGAGGAAGUUGACGUUCGAGGAGCCUGAGGUUAGCGGGGAUGAGGAGGAGCACGUGCUCACUCAAUCAAAGAAACGUGUGCCGGAAGAGAACUCCUCACUCGUGCCGCUGAUGGAGGAGGUGCGACGAAGGGAGGUGGAGGAGGAGGAGGAAGCGGAGAACGAGAUGGAAUCGGAAAGCUUCCUGAAAUUAUUAAAUAGUCGGAUGGAGAAACCGUGGACGCCUCUGCGUGAGCUGGAAGAGGGCUUACCUUACCCAAUAUGCGACGUGAGAGAGGCGUCCAACCAGCACGGUUGCCGAAUUGUGGUCAAAAUCCGGGUGCCUGGAGUGAGAACAACUGAUGUUUAUUUGCCAGAAAGAUUCGCCCGGAUUUUGAGCGAAAAAGACAUUUAG